AUGUGGUCCAACAAGCUUUACGAAAACCUACAGCAACUGCGGGAGUUCACUGGAGCAGAUCAACUACAAAAGAUGUACCAGAACCCAACUUUUCAAAUUCAAGAGGUUACGGAUGCAUUCUCACAACAGCUUUUAAACGAGGCUCUCGAAAAGGUUGUCAGCAACUUGAAGAGGAAAGAAAAAAUUCUCCAACAUCUUCGAGAAUCCGUUGAAGAAGAACACGUCAGCUAUGUUCCUUCUGACACUGAGGAGUGCUACAUUCGCUCCAAGGCCAUCAGCCUCUUGCCCCCGGUGCCCGUCGAGAACGACACACGACCAAUCCUUUGUAAUGAGAGCCAGUACUUGCCACUUACCUCAGAUCCCCUCUUCCACGACCUUUAUGUAAGCGUCAAUACCUCGGCUGCGCACGUACCUACAAAUGUCUACGACCUUUAAAACGUCCCCUGA